AUGACAGAGAGAUCAGAGACAACUCCCCUUCUCAUUGACGCCUCCGCCGGUGCUUCUACUGCAAACGAACAAAAUGAUCGCCCAAUGUGGCUCUUUCUCAACCUUGCAAUCGAUGUCUUUGUGAGCGGUUACUCCUUCGUCAUCGACAUUCAAGGCCUGCUGUUAAAUUCUAAACCUUGCCAACCUGGUCCCCGCUGUGGCGAGAUUUCAAAGAGAACCCGCAUGUUGGCUGGUAUUGGGCUCAGCCUCGGGUUGGCAUUGGGGUAA